ACAAAGCGUAUGCAAGCCGGUUGCACGGAAGUGUUUUUGUUCCACUCGACGUGAUAUAUUUUGAAAAAAGAAAGAAGGAACGUUCAAUCGACUGGACAUGUUGUAACGGUGUAAUUUUUAAUUCUUAUUAUUUUAUAUGUAAUACUACGGGGAGCAAAAAAAGGUAGUAAGCGAGCUGCCUACCAAACCUCAACAACACAAGCGGCCAUGCCUCCCUAUUCUGAAAUGAGGAAAAGCAACCACUUCUAUUACUUCAUCAAAUUUACCCUCAAUGUCUAUUCGAUGCUAUUUUCGCUGGUGGGUCUUUGUGUGCUCUGCGUGGGGGUUUAUGCCGAAGUGGAAAGACAGAAAAAUCGAACCCUGGAGGGUCUCUUCCUGGCUCCUGCAGUGGUGCUGAUCCUGCUGGGUCUGGUAAUGUUCACAGUCUCACUUGUGGGCAUGGUUGGCUCCCUCAGGGAUAACAAAACCUUGCUACACAUGUUUCUCUGUGUUCUCUGCGUGUUGCUUCUUCUCCAGGCCAUCGCCCUCGUUAUAGCUCUCAUCUUUGAAAAGAAGACGUCUUCCUUGUUUCAAAGCAGUAUACGAGAGGGUAUCAAACACUACUACGACGACUUGGACUUCAAAAACAUCUUAGAUUACGUGCAGGAAAAGUUUUCAUGUUGUGGAGGGGAUGAAUAUAAGGACUGGGGAGUCAACCAAUACCAUUUCUGCAACGGUACGGGCCCACUAGCCUGUGGAGUUCCAUAUACCUGCUGUGUCCGCCGUGAGGUAGGAGAAGUAAUUAACACCCUGUGUGGGUCCAAGGCUCUGGAAAGACAGCGUGAAACCCUGCAGGAGGAUAUCCAUGUGCGAGGCUGCAUCCAUGCAGUCAACCUUUGGAUGAGUGACAACAUUGGAAUAACUGUCGCGCUGUGUUGUGCCAUAGGACUGCCACAGCUGCUAGGCAUCAUCUUGAGCUGCGUCUUCUGGAACCUUCUGGUUGAAAUGAGCCAAUCUGUCGACAUGGUGGACUUCAAGCUGAAGAAGCUGGAGUUCCAGUACAGCGAGCUGGACCUGGCCGGUGCCGGCUGGUGCAUGUGCCUACCGAGGGACGGCGGCUACUUGCCCGUUCCGGCUUCAGAACCCGAGCUGGAUCCCAUUGACAUUCACCUGCAGAAGCUGAAAAAGCAGCCGCCUCGCACUCACGCUCAGCUCCGAGAACUCCAACAGUCCAGAUCGGCCAUCGGGUUGGACGAGGUAGACGUGGGCCGCAAGCUGAAAAGGGAACACUGAGCGGUCUUGUUGCCCUUCUUGCCUUCCCUGCGGCAUGGUGAUCGUUUUAUUUUUGUUUGAUUUGUGUUGCACUAUUUCAUGGUUGAACCGAUGAUGGUUUUAGGGAAUUUGGUCAGCCGAAGGGAUCCAAAAUAGUUUGUCACUUUGAGUGUACUGUUUACCAGAAAUUGUUAGAACAAACAACCUGCAGCGUCUGCUUUUUAACUUAAAUUUUUAUUCUUUUUUUAAUUAUUUUUUUUAAUUUCGUCUUGUUUCUGGUGUUUAGUACGUCAGGAUUUUUGGCAUUAUCUCGCUUUUUAAUUUUGAAAUCAAGCUACAUCUUGUAUUGAAGUUUACCUCAGGUUGUUUUAAAGACAGCCCAAAAGCUAUGAGGAUGAAUCUUGUAUUUUGUGUAAAAAUUAAUUGUAGAGUAAUACAAGUUUUUCAGUGUAGAACAUAUAGGACUAGCCCGUAUGUCAUGCGUGUAACGUUUGUGACGGAUGUGUACAGGUGUAAAAGUUUUUUUUUUUUAUUUGAAUCUCAGUUGGAUUUGUGCAGUCAGUGUACACUGUAAAACUGAUAGUUGUGGAAUAAUAUGGAAUGCAUGUUUUGUACUGUGUAUGAAUUAAAUUAUUUGUAAAAUGAUUCUCAGUUUACAUUUUCAAAGGGGAGGCUUCAGUUUUUCAUUUUUUAAAAUUCUUUCCAUCAUUCAAAGGGCCAACGAAAGGGAUAAUACAUGAUACAAGUGUUAACAGCUGUUUGACUGAGCUACUAUUGGACCGGUGUUCUGAGCUUCCCUCCAUCUCCUGCCUUGUACCAACACUACUGCUCUUGUUAAUAAACAGGAAUUUGUCUACUGAUUUGUGUGCUGUUAGUGUUUCCCCCCCCAAUCAUCCAUCUAUUAUUUGUGAGUGAUUGAAUAUGAUUGGGAAAAUAGUGCAAGAUACUAAAAUUGAAGUUACUUGGUAACUUCAAUUUUAACUUGGCACUUGGUUACUUGGUAAAAUUAGGAGUGGAAACCUCUGUGUACCUCACGAUACAAUACGAUUAGCGAUACAAGGCUCACGAUAGUUAUCUCAUGACAUGGCGAUAUUACAAUUAACACAUGGGUCAAGAAAUAAUUAUACAGUGGUACCCAUAGGCGGAGUUUGACUUUUGGGGCAGGGGGGCACAACAUGUUGAUGACCCCGAAACGCAGUGCCAGCAAUAAAAUUGACUUACGUACAAGAGUAUUUAUAAUAAUAAGUUGACAAUGAGCGUUUUUUUGUUUCCCAUCAUUCUUGAGGGGAAUUCUAAAUCAGGCUGCUUAGGCAAUACUUUUCACCAAGAUUGUCAUCCAUUGAAUAUGGUACACCCGCCAGUGUCGUGCCAAUGUCAAAAAUUGUAUCCCCUGGGCGGAGUCAUAUGGAGGUAGAUU